AUGUUUCGAUUGAGACCGGCUUUUAUCGUUUUAAUCUUCGACAUGUUGGUUUUGAAUUCGAGUAUUCGAAUUAACAAGCUAUCUUCUUGUAUUUAUAUUCCAUUAUCUUGGCCUACAACCCCGUCAGCGUUGUUUACUUAUUCAUCCAGUUGCGAAGAGUGUUUAUGCUAUAAAUAUAGUUCAACAAGUAAUUCUGUUGCGAUGAAUUGUUUGACAAACAUACCUUUAUGUCAAUUCUAUUCAAAUUAUGCAAAUAAUUAUUCGAUUGUAUGGAACUCGACAAGUGACUUUUACUUUUUCCAACCAUUACCAUCGAUGAUCACCACGCCAACGAUGACAUCAACUCCGCCAAAUCCGGAAAUUAUGUCGACUGAUGUUACUAUUCCAUCAGCAGUGUCGACAACAUCCUCGACUUCAUAUCAAUGUGGCAAUAUGACAGUUCUUAUUGGCUAUGACUUCUACGGUAAUGAUUUGGCUUUAGCUACUACUCCAGACUACAUCGCUUGUUGCCACUGGUGUCAAAGUAACAGCAGUUGUACUACAUUUACAUGGGUUGUGCCAACGGGAGGCGGAACUAGCUCAACUUGUUAUCUCAAAACAAGCCAUGCAUCGCCGUCUAACGAUUCGAGACUUACUCGAACUGAGGAACUUCCGCCUCUCAUUAUAGCAAAUUGCAAAUCGGUAUUGACUAUGAGCGUACUUAUCGAUAAAUAUUCGGAAACACCAUCAUUGGAAGAACAAUCAGCAGAAUCAUCAAAUGUUUGUAAUCACGACUCAAAAACCGUUAAAGUUUCACAUAGACGGAAGAUAUUGGCGCUACACGAACCUGUUGAUCGUCUUGAACAUCCGCAAUUACAAUAUUUUUAUUCAGUGAAUCGUGUAUUUGUUGGAAUCGUAAUAUUAGCGAAUAUGGAUUCGAUGCCGAAUAUUCCAUUUUCGGUCUCAAAAACUUUCGUUAAAGUCGACAUCCCAAUUCAAAUCUUUGCUGAAGAAGAAGCAUUAUUUUUAUUAAAGGAUAAUCAAGCAAAUCAUUGUAUACAGACGAAUAAUAAGCACAUCGAAAAAUUAUACAAUGAUUACUUAUUCAGAAAAGAAGCAUCACUACAGCAAGCUACGUCUUAA